AAAUCCACGCUGCUACCGCUUUGUUAUCAUAUAGAUACACUGUUGCCCUGAUACACGCCGGAAUGCCUCCUUGCAAGCGUCAACCCACCUUAAUGGUUGAUAUUUGUGCUAGCUGCAGCCGUCUCAAAGCCACCCUCGAUCAUCCAACUAAUGCAGCAGCCUGGGUGCAGGACCCUGACGACGCCUCCAAAAAAUAUCUUAUCGCAAGGUCAGUUGACGCUGCCAUCAAUUUUGCCGUGCAGGAGCGAUCUGUCCAGGAAGUCACCACAAUCGCCAAGAGGACGAACGUCACCAAAGCCUCUACCCAGACUACGCGUUCAUCCCGCAAGCGAAAGGCCGAUACUAUCGACGAGAUCGAGCUUAUACAAGCCCUUGUUGAAAGCUCCUCGCAAGAAGACGCACCACUCGACACAGCUCCGGAAAAAGCAUCGGACGAUGCAACACCAGGGAACACAACACUAGAAGCAGAAACCCCUGUUGACCAUAACAAAGACCUUGACGGAGCCCCGGCUUCAGAGCCCGAACCAGAUGAGCCAAUUCAAGAUGCGACUCCCGAAAAGUUGCAAUCCGUGACGAAUGUCAAUGCCACAAGAGAACGCAAGAAGCGCCAGAAACGCAACGAUGAUCUUUCAUCCAUCCUGGACGGUAUUGGUGAUCGCUUCCGUCAGAUGCAAUCCAGCCCGAAAAACAUACGAAUGUUCGACACACAGUGGUCCGACAUCAAACGCUUUGUUCUCGACCAGAACGACCUCUACGAAACCCAUGGGGCACAGCUCCCUCAAAUCUUCGAUGCCGCCUGGAAUGUAGGUGGCGCCGCUCUUUUCAUCGAGUGGAAGAAGAUCUUGACGUACUGGCGUGCCACCUCGCGCGAUUCGCAACCAAACCCUACUUUCCCCGUGCUCCCCGUGCACGGCUGCGUAGAAGAAACACCUCAAUCCUCUCUUCCACCGUCCGCCCAGUCUGAGUCAUCCCUAAAUACUUCCACUGAAGCCAAAUUGUCAUCCUUGCAUCUCGCUCGUCAAAAACUCAAGGCUGCCUAUCAAGAAUUCACAGCCUCGAGUGCUUCAUCUCAGCUCCAGAAAACUGUCUAUAGAAACGCUAUCGCCGACAUCUACGCCCAUUACAUCGACAUCCAGAAGCAGCUUGCCGACCCCGAUAUUCAAUCUGGCCUAGACGAUUCGUUAGCCCCGGCGACGCUACUCACCCAAGGCUCUAAACAGGUCGCAAGCAGUUCCAAAAUCGAGCUCUUCCGUGCCGCCCAUCCAGGCGUUGAUCCACCAGCGACACGUGACGACCAGUCUAUCGCCGGCAAGCACUGGCGCUCUCUAGGAAAAGUCAUCGAACAGGGCAAGCGAUGGUACACCUUACGGCAGGAAUGGGGCCCAGCCUCCUUGAUCCUAUGGCCAAGUCAAUCCAUGUCUCACAGCUCCCUUGAGCGUCUUCCGCAGCCUUUGUUCACACUUCUCCAUCAUCUUGUCUCUCGUUUUCGACCGAACCGUUUGGACCUUGCUGCGCCGUUCAUGGCCAUGUUCCGUCAGAUAGCUACUUCUCAGACGCCACCUACCGGCUUCAAUCACAUCGAGCGCCUCUCGGAGGAUGAGAUUCGGGCCAUCGCUAUGGACUGGUCUCCAAACCCUUCGUGGCUGAUAGAGAGCGGUGAAGACAGGAUCGUUGAGCUAUCGCAUCCAAAUCGAUCUGUAAAUGACUCGGAGGAUGAGGAAAUAAUGUAAAAUUGUUUUAAUCGAUGUAAUAUAUCAUUUGAAGGUAAAUAACGUGCUUUUAAAGACUCUAACGGAAAGGUGUAGAUGGUUUGGUUUGAUUUAUCUAAAAAUUAAUAUUUUCU